CAGGAGGGCAUUUUUAAUGCUUCUCGUUCGCUCAGGCGCUCGGCGGGCGGAUCGGGAGGAGGCAGGAGCCGUGGAGGCCCCCAGCGUGAGGCGAGAGGCGGCUGACGUGGCGGCGGCGCUGGGAGCAGGAUGUCGAAAGUCACCUUUAAAGUGACGCUCACCUCGGACCCGCGGCUGCCCUACAAAGUGUUAAGUGUGCCUGAAAGCACACCUUUCACAGCUGUCUUGAAGUUUGCUGCAGAAGAAUUCAAAGUUCCUGCAGCAACAAGUGCCAUUAUAACAAAUGAUGGAAUAGGAAUUAACCCUGCACAGACAGCAGGAAAUGUAUUUCUAAAGCAUGGUUCAGAUCUACGGAUUAUUCCCAGAGAUCGAGUUGGAAGUUCUUAAUGUCUACUGGAAACUUUUUGAAUAAGUGACGUUGCUGUGCAGCAAAGGUCUAUUUAUUUUGGAACUUCACAGUGCAACUCAUCAAUUGGCCUUCCCUAAAGAUAUCAAAAAUGACUUCCCAGGAUUUGAUCUUUUCUGACACAAAAAUAAGACUUCAUUUCCUUGUUAAAAUACAUGAAAUCAUGCACUGAUUCUUUCUUCACUAGUAUACUUAAUGGGCUGAUUCCAUAUUACGUUCUUGAAAGAAAGAUGGACCUCUGUAAUGGUGUUACUGAAACUGCAAGGGCAAACACUUAGCCACGAUCAGUAGAUAUUUAAAGUAUUUUAUAUACUGUUGGACCUGCUGUAUGAAAGGGAGACUUUACGAUAUUAGGUACAGAAAAAUUGUUCCUACUGAGUGCUAGAAAGUUUUUUUUUCUUAAAAUUCCACAUUUGGAACAGUUUUCCCAUGGUCCAAGUGUUUAGCUCAAAUAGAAGGGAGAUCUCAGUGGAUUAUUACUGAAAUAAAUAAAUAAAUGCCAUAUGUUCCAAAGCAAUUGUAAGAUUUAAUUGCUGAAUAUACUUUAGAUAAAAGAGAAAACAGAGGUAUUGAAAUGUUAAAACUUUAUUUGAUGUUUUGUGAAGUUAAAUUCAGUUUCAGAGAAUUUGUGAGACAUAAUCUCAAAUAAAGUGCCAUCAUCUGGGAAGGACUGCAGCAUAAUUUAUGAAUGUUCUGGUCAAAUAAGUCAUUCCUUUUUCAGUAAAUAUUGGUUCUUUGCAAAAGUCUUGUUUUGCUUCUGUGUAUUACAAAGGAAGUUGUAGAAUGCAUUGAAAUGUUUGUGUUUGGGUAACUUCUUGUUUAUAAAUUGCCUGAGGUAAACUAUCAGUCAUGGAUUUUAAUUAGAGAAGUUGCUGCUUUUCUUGAGCUAUUAAUACUACUUUGUGAUUUGAUCUAUUUGGCCAAAUCAUACCCUGUUACAUUAUAUGUGUCUUAACUGAGUUUACAGAAAGUUGAACAAUGGGCAAUGUAGCACUGGAUUAAAUGAGGAUUGUCUGAAAUACAUCUUUGAUGUGCAGAAGGACGUUCAGAUUAUGUUUCAAAUAGUGUAGAAGUACAAAAUGCCCUUAUGAGAGGGUAUGAAUUAAGUGUAUAGAGGAAAAACUCUUCUGAAAGUGGUAUUUGACUGUAAACAUAUUCAACUCUAAGAUGAAUUGUAAAUUUAUGGAUUUUCCUUUAUUUUAAUAAACAACAAUAUGAAAAAAAUGCAAA